ACGGAAGUGGAUUUCUGCAAGCGAACAACGCACACAGCGGCGCAUUGUAAAUAGCUGCAUCCCGCGGAUGCACGUGGGGAAGCUCUCCUGAUUUCUCAUAUGCGAUAGGAUAGGUGGAAAGUAGGAGCCAGGCGACGCGCGCUGAGGAAAGACGAACAUCACGUUCUUCCUCUGCAUACAGCCUUGGUGCUACCUAGAAGCUUGGAGGAAAACGAAAGCGCAUGUAAACGCUAAUUGGCCUGAACUGUUUCUUCGCGGACUCCUUAUGAAUGCAUGCAGUUAGCUAAUCACACCAGAGCACAUACGGAGCACCAUCUGUUCGAUUUACGAGUUUGAUCAGUCGGACGUGGAAUCUCCAAUUCAAUGAACUGCGCUUCGUUUUCUGGACAAGGGAUCUUAUGUGGUCUAGAUAGCCGUGGACUGUUUUGAAACAAUGGGUCUGUACAUUAGGUCGCAUGUUUUAUUGUAACGUCCUUGGAUGAUGGCAGGGGUACAAGCUUCCGAGGCUGUGUCGGGACAUUUGCUAGAUCCUACCAUAGCAGACUCUCCGGUGCAGGACCCGACACAAAUAGCGGGUUUAAACAACAAUGACGCAACCGUACUACAGUCGAUUGGCACGCGGGUAUACUUGGACGUUUCGGCGGCUGCCUUCGGCACCGGACACCAGGUCUAUGGGGCCGAGGGAGUUUACACCAACGGAAGGUACAAGGAACACGGCAGUCCUCGGACUGGCAGCAGCAGCCGCGACAAUUCAGCAGAAAGGAGUCAUGGAGCGGUGAACACACCUUGCGGCAUCAUGAAGGAUGGCUCCAAGCAACGACAAGUGAGGCAGAAAAAAACGGUCUCUUUCAGCUCCAUGCCCAAUGACCGUAAAAUCAACAGCACGGCGGCCUGCAUGGCGUACAUGAUGGAGGGCUGUGAGAUGAAGAAGGUCCGCUCCAACUCACGCAUGUACAAUCGCUACUUCCUGCUUGACCCCGACAUGCACUGGCUCCGCUGGGAGCCCUCCAAAAAGGACUCGGAGAAGGCCAAGUUGGAGAUCAAGAGCAUCAAGGAGGUCCGCCUCGGAAAGAAGACCCCCGUACUGCGCAGCAAUGGCCUGUCCGACCAGUUCCCGGAUGAGUGUGCCUUCUCCAUCAUCUACGGGGACAAUUAUGAGUCUCUGGACCUGGUGGCCAGUACUGCUGAUGUGGUCAGCACCUGGGUGAUGGGCCUCCGCUACCUGGUCUCCUAUGGGAGGCACACAGUGGUGGCUGAGCCCAGCCAGCCCAGUCUUAGAACCUCCUGGAUCGGGUCAGUGUUUGAGCUGGCUGACAUGGAGAGGAAUGGCCACAUCGACCUAUUCAGGGCCACUCAGAUCAUCAAGGGGCUCAACCCGGGCAUGAAGGAGUCCCGGAUAGAGCUGAAGUUUAAGGAGCUCCAGAAGGCCAAAGACCAGUACGGGGAGGACAUUGACACUGAGACAUUUGUGGAGGCCUACUGCGAGUUGUGCACGCGACCAGAGAUUUUCUUUUUGCUGGUGCAGUUCUCUAGCAACAAAGAGUACCUGGUCAGCAAGGACCUGAUGCUGUUUUUGGAAGUGGAGCAGGGCAUGGAGGGUGUGACAGAGGACAUGUGCCGGGAUAUCGUCCAGAAGUACGAGCCGUCUGCUGAGGGACGGGAGAAGGCGAGUCUCUCCAUCGACGGCUUCACGCACUACCUCCUCUCUUCCGAGUGUCACGUCUUCGAUCCCCAGCACAAGCGGGUGUGCCAGGACAUGAGCCAGCCGCUGUCACACUACUUCAUUAACUCCUCGCACAACGCGUCCCUCUUGGAGGACCAUUUCUGGGGCUCCUCCGACAUCAGCAGCUACAUCAGGGCCCUGAAGAUGGGCUGCCGCAGCCUGGAGGUCAUUGUGUGGGAUGGGCCUGACAAUGAACCUGUGGUCUAUGUGGGCAGCUCUGUUGCUUCUCAGCUUGCCCUCUGCAAGGUCUUGGACAUUAUAAAUCAGUAUGCAUUUGAGAGCUCAGAGUAUCCCCUGAUCCUCUGCCUGGUGACGCACUGCUGUGUCCUUCAGCAGAGGGUCAUGGCCCAGCACAUGAAGAAGAUCCUGGGGGACAAGCUUUAUGUGGAUGCCCCCAACCCAGAGGACCAUUACCUACCCUCUCCAGACAAACUUAAGGGUAAGAUUCUGCUGAAGGGCAAGCAGCUGCCCCCCAACUACCCAGAGUCGGAGGGCGAGGUGACGGACGAGGAGGAGGGUCUGGAGAUGUCUAGGAGGGUGGGGGUGGAUGACAGGGACCAUCUCAAUGGUCUGGGAAGCAAACGGCUGAGGCUGUGUAAGGAACUCUCUGACCUGGUCUCCCUCUGUAAAUCAGUGCAGUUCAGAGACUUUGACAUCUCCAAGAGAGAACAGAAGUACUGGGAGAUGUGCUCUUUUAAUGAGGUGGACGCCAACAGGUUCGCUAACGAGUACCCAGAGGAUUUUGUGUGCUACAACAAGAGGUUCCUCUCUAGAGUGUACCCCAGCCCAAUGCGGAUCGACGCCAGCAACAUGAACCCCCAGGACUUCUGGAAGUGCGGUUGCCAGAUUGUGGCCAUGAACUACCAGACCCCGGGCUUGAUGAUGGACCUGAACCUGGGAUGGUUCCGGCAGAACGGCAACUGUGGCUACGUGUUGCGGCCGGCCAUCAUGAGAGAGGAGGUGUCCUACUUCAGCGCCAACGCGCGGGACUCCCUGCCCGGGGUGUCCGCCCAGCUACUUCACAUCAAGUUGAUCAGUGGCCAGAACCUGCCGAAGCCCCGUGGCUCAGCUGCUAAGGGGGACGUGGUGGAGCCCUACAUUUACGUGGAGAUCCACGGCAUCCCGGCCGAUUGUGCCGAGCAGAGGACCAAGACGGUCUCUCAGAACGGGGACAACCCCAUCUUCGACGAGAGCUUCGACUUCCAGAUCAACCUGCCGGAGCUUGCCGCGCUGCGCUUCGUCGUGCUGGAUGAUGACUACAUCGGGGACGAGUUCAUCGGUCAGUACACCAUCCCGUUCGAGUGUCUUCAGCCGGGCUACAGACAUGUCCCCCUGCAGUCCCUGACGGGAGAGUUCCUACCCAACUGCACCCUGUUUGUGCAUGUGGCCAUCACCAACAGGAGGGGUGGGGGCAAGGCCCAUAAGAGGGGCCUGUCGGUGAGGAAGGGCCGGAAGGCCCGGGAGUACACCUCCACCAAGACCACUGGCAUCAAGGUGGUGGACGAGCUCUUCAGAGCCUCAACGCAGCCUUUAAGGGAAGCCACAGACCUCCGGGAGAAUGUACAGAAUGCCAUGGUGUCGUUCAAGGAGCUGUGCGGUCUGACCCCAGCGGCCAACAUGAAGCAGUGCAUCCUGACUGUGUCCACGUGGCUGAUGAACAGCGAGCGGUCCCUCAGGGUCACGGUGGACCUGAGUGAGGCCUACCCCACCAUGGAGGCUCGGGGUCCGGUCCCUGAGCUCCUGAGGAAGGUCCUCAACGCCUACGACAUGAUGAUCCAGACCAGUCGGACCCUGAUGGAGUCGGCCGACGUGGUCCACUCCAAGCUCACACAAGCACAACGGGCAGGACUGGACUUCCACGAGGACCUUCACAGGAUUGGGGCCAAGGAGGGCCUGAAGGGCCGAAAGCUACAGAAGGCUAUGGAAAGCUAUGCAUGGAACAUCACCGUCCUCAAGGGCCAGGCAGAUCUCCUGAAGCAUGCCAAGAGUGAGGCACUGGACACGCUUCGUCAGAUCCACUGUGCCGCUCAGUCCUGUGGCCUGAGUAAGAACGAAGCAGCCUCCCCUCAGCUCCAACACAAUCCAGCGCAGGCUCAGCUUCAGUCUCAAACCCACCAUCCAGCCCAACCUUAUCUCCAAGCCCACCCUCCGUCACAGUCUCUGACUCAACCCCAAGCCCAGCUCCAGACCCACCAUCAUCCCCAGACCCACCAUCAUCCCCAGACCCACCCUCAGCCCCAGACCCACCAUUAUCCCCAGACACUGCCUCAUCCCCUGACCCACCCUCAUCCCCAGACUCAUCCCCAGACCCUGCCUCAUCCCCUGAACCACCCCCAGACCCAGCCUCAGACCCUGACUCACACCCUGACCCACCCUCAUCCCCAGACCCUGCCUCAUCCCCUGAACCACCCCCAGACCCAGCCUCAUCUCCAGACCCACCCCCAGACCCUGACACACACCCUGACCCAACCUCAUUCCCUGACCCAGCCUCAGACCCAGCCUCAUCCCCAGACCCUGACUCACACCCUGACCCAACCUCAUUCCCUGACCCAGCCUCAGACCCAGACCCAGCCUCAUCCCCAGACCCUGACUCACACCCUGACCCAACCUCAUUCCCUGACCCAGCCUCAGACCCAGCCUCAUCCCCAGACCCUGACUCACACCCUGACCCAACCUCAUUCCCUGACCCAGCCUCAGACCCAGCCUCAUCCCCAGACCCUGCCUCACACCCUGACCCAACCUCAUCUCCAAACCCAGCGUCAUCCCCAGACCCAGGCUCAUCCGCAGACCGUGUCUCAUCCCCUGAGCCAGCCUCAGCGCCUGCCCCCGCUUCCACCUCAGCCUCCACAGUACAGGGCAGCAGGAUGUCACAAUGCCAUCCCUGAGAACGACGACAUGGCCAGUGAAGGUUCUUGCUGACCCGUUGCCUGUACCCGACAUGGAGUUCACCCAAAGAGAGACAGAGAGAAAAAGAUAGAGAGACAGAGGGAGCUAGCAAGGCAGACAGAGGAGGAGCAAAGGAUGAUUCCUUUAACCCCCCCAAAGAUGGACAGACACAGUGGGACCGAAAGAAAGAGUGAGAUGGAGAGAGAAAAGGAGAGGGUAAAAUUGAGGGUUAAGGAAAAAGGGCAGGAAACAGAUAAAGCGAUAAAUAGUGAGAGGGAAACACGGGAAGAGAAACAGCACAUUGUGCACGGAAUGGGGAAGAAAACUAGUUGCAAAAGACAAGAGACGCUAGUUUGAAAACGGGUUGUCAUCGAGUCAACAAAGAUAUGUCCAUUGUUGAGUUGGUCAAUCAGGACGGUUUCUGUCUCUCUCUGCUGUGUCCAGCACUGGUCCUGCGGGUACAGGCACAACAUUCACUGGCCAUUACAUUCCCCUACAGCCCAUAGCAUACCCAGGACCACCUCCUCCUCGCCGCGACCAUCUCCUUCACCACCUCCUCACUUGUGUUUAAUCCACAUGCCGGUAGUUCUGAAGCAUUGCCCUAAGCUUCAACCAAUCCCCAUUUGCCUUGCUCUGUGAGGAGGCGGCCAUUUUACGUCCACACAGACCCUGAGGUCUGUAGGGACCCCGAAGCUAAAGGACCAUUACUGCACAAACAAACCUUGUCUCUGUGAGAGAGACGGUAGAGGACUGCAGCUGUGCAGACCCGCCUACUGGUAUCUUCACAUGGGCCCAACCGCUCCGUACCGAGCCCUGAGCUGUCACUCUUUAUUGUCAAUCACAACAUGACUGGAUUCUGCCGUGGUAGGGGGUUUCCCUGACACCUCACCAGGGGCUGUAUACGUUACGUCUUGUAUGUUGCCGUCGUCGUCCCAUGAAUGGAGUGUGACCAUGCUCGGCUCCGCUCCAGGUCUCUGAGGUAUAUACUAGCUAAAGCUCACCAGCGCGUUUUAAACUGGAACAGUCUGUCAACCUCAUCUUUCCUGAAGGGACCGAUGGACGCUCUGGGUCAAAUGUCACAAGAGCAGCAUAGACCUGGGGCUGAUUUCUGCGGUUAAACAAACACCUAACCUAUGAGAGAAAAUAGGAAUCUAUAUGUAUACCUAAUGUAUUUUCAAGUAACAGAGACACUUGACAUUUAUCUGAAUUUAUUUGAUAUUUCCUCCCUGAAACAAAACACCCUGUUAACAAUUGAUAUUCUGAUUAUUAUUGAUGUUAGUUAUAUAUUAAUAUUCCAGUUAUUUUAUAUACAGUACAUUGCUUCUACAUAUACAAUGACUUAAAACCGGUUGUUGUGUGAUACAGAUGAUGACAGGGCCAUUAGGGUGCUGGGGUAUGGGGUUAAGGUGGGUGUGGCUUGGGGGUCAUCUUCCCAAAACUAGGAUCAAACCAACGAUAACCUGAUUUGUGUUUCAUGCAAAGUAAUGUGGAUUCUCCUUCCAAUGGCCCAUUAAACUGGCUUCAUUGUU